AUAUCCCUGACUCGUAAAGGGGUUUUCUAGCCUUUUUAAUCUUAUCAGAUGCAUCUCCGAGCGCCUUCAUGGUGCUCGGCGCACUAGUCUAGAGCCAAAAAAAAAAACCUUGAAUGUGAGAGGAAAAGUCCUCUGAUGGGAUUCCCCAUCGUCCGAGUUGCCUUCUUCCAAGCCAAGUCUUACGUUUCUCGCCGUGCCGUCUCGAUCCGACCUCGGGUUUGCGAACCAACACAGUUCGGCUACCGUCCGACAUAGGUUGGAUAAAUAGCAAGACGGGCGCUGCCUCGAUGGUUGCUCUCCCUUCGCUCCCUUGUCCUUCUCACCUAUCAUUCGUGCAUUAGACUGCUACCGAGAGACCGGUACUAUCAAACGACAAUGGCGGCCCGCGCAGAUCUCGAGUCCCACCGGGAGAAACACCCCGAAGACCUCGUCAACGAGGUUCCCGAGUCAUCAUCCUCUGACUCGGAAGACGACCUCAAGCCCAAUCCCCCGAUGUACUGGAAGAUCAUCGCCGUCAUUUUGAUCUCCUGCAUCAGCUUCGGUUCGUCAUGGAGUUCGGGUAUCACGGGCGCCUUGAAGUCGACGCUCAAAAAAGAGCUCGAUAUCAACAACAAGCAGUUCUCGCUGCUUGAAGCCAGUGAAGAUUUCAUGGUGACUCUGCUCAUUCUCACGAGUGGUAUCGUGACGGACAGAAUCGGCGGUGCUGGUGCCAUGCUUUACGGCAACGUCAUCUACUCCAUCGGCUCCAUCAUCGUCGCUGCCGCAGCUCAGACCCGGGACUUCAAGCUCAUGAUUGGCGGCCGAGUUAUCCUUGCCCUCGGUGACAUCGCAACCCAGGUCGCCCAGUACAAGGUCUUUAGUUCCUGGUUCUCGCCCAACAACGGUUUCGCCUCCACCCUCGGUCUUGAACUUGGCAUCAAGAAAAUCGGCGGCUUCGUCGGCAAGUCUUCAGCCAACAUUAUUGCGAAGAACACGGGCAACUUCGCAUGGGUCUUCUGGAUCGCCGUCUUCAUGAACGUCUUCACCAACAUCCUCACCCUUGUCUUCUAUCGCUUCAACACCAUCGCUCAUAAGAAGUUCGGCAACGUGACAGACCCGGCUACCGGCGAAAAGCUCACUGAGAAAUCCAAGAAGUUCGAAGUCAGGAAAGUGCUGGAGCUGCCGUGGGUCUUCUGGGCCAUCUUGUCGUUCUCCCUGUUCCAAACCAGCACUGCGAUUGUGUUCUCGCAGAACGCCACGGAAUUGGCUGAGAAGAGGUUUAAGACGGACUCUAUCACUGCUGGUUGGUACUCGGCAACCUUGCAGUACGCCGGCUUCUUCUUGGUACCCUGCAUUGGUGCUUUCAUCGAUCUCAUGGGUAACCGCAUCACCUUGUUGGCCAUCUGCGGUACCGGAGUCUUCCUAGCCAUGGCCCUCAUCAACUGGGCCACGGAUACCAAAGGAACUGCUGCCGCCUUUGGCAUUUACGCCGUGGCGUUCACUCUGGGCCCUACCACCAUCAUCGACAGUAUUCGUACCUCCAUGUGGCAUGGAUCUGUCUUUGGCUCCGCUUACGCUGUCAAGAUUGCCACGAAUAACGCGAUGAACAUUAUCGUCCGUGUCAUCACCGGUGCCAUCCAGGAUGCCGACAACGACAGCUAUGACCACGUUGUCAUCGUGUACGCCGUUCUUGCUGCUGCUUCCGUCUUGGUCUCAAUCAUGCUGGGCGUCCUGUCCUGGUGGUCAAUCGAUCUUGGUAACCUCCAGUGGACCAGAAAGCAGCGCAGGGCCAACGGCGACUUAUGGAAUGAGAGAAAAAGAGCUUUCUACGAGGACAAUGGAGCGCGCAACAAGCGGAUCUCUAUGAUUUGCUUCAGCUCUCUGAUUCUGUUGAUUUUAGGUGCUUGGUCGGCGUACUUCUGGGGUGUCGCAACUGGCAACAACUCUUAAGAGCUACAUGUACGAAGAUGAUGACUAUGAGGCAAGAGCAGCCGAGGCAUUUGUCAGUGUCCGAGAUACUCAAGCGCCCACGUAAUGAAACGAGGUAUCCAGACAAUAAUGUAGGAAUUUAAUGAACAUAUGGUAUAAUGCCAAAUUCA